AUGGCUGAGGAGUCGUCCAUCCAUUCAGCGAAUAUUGGCAAGAAUCAGGCUGUUGACAAUGACUACAGCAGUGCCGUGAUGCCUGUGGACCGUGGUCACUUGUGUCCCAGUAGCCACCUUCAUGACCAGAACAGCACGUGGGCUACCUUCACCCUCACCAACAUAGUGCCCCAGUACAGCACACUCAACCAGGGUGCCUGGAGAGAGUACGAGGACACAACAAUGCGCAACAAGACCAAUGGGAGGGUUAAUAUACCCAGCACAUCUGGUCAGCUGCCUGCUGCCUGUACUGACACCUUUUCCUCUUCUUCCCCUGCCAAGCUGAUUGACAAAAAAAGUUUUGGCAGGGAAAUGGCUGAGGAGUCGUCCAUCCAUUCAGCGAAUAUUGGCAAGAAUCAGGCUGUUGACAAUGACUACAGCAGUGCCGUGAUGCCUGUGGACCGUGGUCACUUGUGUCCCAGUAGCCACCUUCAUGACCAGAACAGCACGUGGGCUACCUUCACCCUCACCAACAUAGUGCCCCAGUACAGCACACUCAACCAGGGUGCCUGGAGAGAGUACGAGGACACAACAAUGCGCAACAAGACCAAUGGCUGUAAUACCACUUAUGUCAUCACAGGUGCUGUACCUGGGAACACAAACGUCACCAAUGGGAGGGUUAAUAUACCCAGCCACAUCUGGUCAGCUGCCUGCUGCCUGGUGGGUACAAAUCCCACUAGGGCUUGGGGGGCCAUUGCUAAGAACGAGAGAGGUAAUGACCAGGUGACGAAUCUCAACCUGGGGAGGCUGGAAAGGAAAUUGUCUGAGCUCUAUGGGGGGAAAGAUGUUACUCUGUUCAACAAUGCCUGUCCCCGGCAAUAAGCCUCACAUCCUUGAUGGAAAAGGCUCAGGAGAUUUUCCCACAUGUCACAG